UUGUAAAGAAGAAAAGAGCUUCAGUGAAACCGGAAGUUCCUUGUGUGUCCGUUAUGUGACAGCCCGCCAUUACAGCCUCCAGCAGCAACAGCCGGUACCGGUACCGGUACCGAGCCGCUGCUGCUGCUGCUGCUGCUGCGGAGAGAGACAGACAGAGAUCACCGGAAUCAGUCAACAGAAUCACACUGAUUCAUCUCUCUAUUCCGUUAACGAACACACUGAUGACGACACAACACACAAACACACUAUUAACAGACAGAGGAUCACAGGAAGACCCAAACACGGAGUACUGACGGAGUACUGACGGAGUACUGACACUGAAGAAAGAGGGAUUAGGAAUUCUCAUGGCGGACGCACUGGCCUCUGAUUGGCUCACGGUGACGGGCUGCGGGCCAAUCAGAGGGCGCGCUGCUUCUCCUAGCAACAAGAGGAACUUUUUCUGUUAGUUGUAACUGACGGUGUGAAACUGUUGGUUUGACGCCAUUUUACAGCCGGUUGGUAACAAUUUAACUCAGAGAGACUCCAACGAUGGAGGAGACAUCUCGUCUCAGAAGAUCUCAAACCAAUGUGCCGUCGUCAGGAGGGGCAGGAGAAGAAGAACGAGAGGAGGGUUCACAACUGGUAGCACCACUGUUGACUCCACCUUCGCCCCACCCGUGACUCCACCUCUGCCCCACCACCCGUCCUGGGGCGUGAACAGCAGCGAGGAGGACGCACAUAGAAAAGAGACGGUGAGAGAGCGACAGCUGCAGAAUCACCACAGCAACCUACGUCGUCCGCAUCGUCCAUCACACCUCCAGAAGGGUUACCUCGAGCUCCCCGUCAGCUGACCGGCCUCCUCCGACAUGCUCUGCCUGCUGCGCUGCCUGUGUGCUCUCAUCGGGCUGGCAGUGUCUUCAGGUGCUCCGGUAAUUAAUGGUUCUUCAGUGUUGAACAUCAGCUCCAUGCCCAUCACCUAUUAUGGAAAGAAGUACGAGCAAGUCUAUGUGAGCUUUACGAACGACCACACGACGUUCUGUUUCGACGGCUAUUACGACCCUCCAACCAGACAGGACUGCAUCGUGGCGGCUCCGGCAGCUGUGACGCUUUUUGCUUAUCAAUUUAUUCCAGCUACUUCUACCGUACUUAAAGCUAUACCUAGCAUUACGUCUGCGUUUGUCGGCGAGGUGGUUAUCAGCGUGAAGCUCGACACAGUUCAUAGAUUUGAAUUCCUUAACUGCGGGACAGAAGCAGGCCUGUUUUUGGACGGGCCGGUUGGAUUGGUGGAUCUUCUCGUCAACGGUAUCACAGUCGAUACGUUGAAGGUUAAUUCUACUGAAGGUGCAGUAUUUGACAUCAGCGGAUGCAGACACUCAGGUUUUGUGUAUAAACGUGGUCAAGUGUUCGCCGACAGAGACUCCUGCUCAUUCUGUAAUGACUCUGCAGUCGUCGUCAUCACCAGAAAAUGUGGCAACAUGGAGCGUUGUCAAGGCAACGGCAUCUGCAUGUUGGACACCUCCUGCACCGUGACCGGCCCCAACAUCAUCGACGUUAACAACAACGUUCACAUCGUCAAGGAUCGCUGUGCGUACUCUCUGCUGUCCACUCCGUCAGUCCUAGACUUCCACGUGCUGGCGAACUUCCGGGAACGCCGUCAUAAAGACGUGAGCUUUCUGGACAGCGUGACACUGCGACUGGGCGGGUCGGGUGUCGACAUCCACCUGGAACAAGGCGGGAGAGUUCGGCUGGACGACACGGUGCUGAGCCUUGACAGCUUGGCUCAGACGUUUCAUGGCGUGGAGCUCUCCAAGGACCCGACUGGAGUCACCGCCACGAGGUCGGUCUCCAACCACACCAUUUCUGUCUUCUUUGACGGCAACACCGCACAGAUCAUCUUCAAAGGAGACGGCGCUGCAGUUGAUGCGUCUCUUGAUGGUUUGUGUGGAAACUCCAGGAUGUCUUUGAGUGACGCGUUGCUCGAGGAAAGCGCCAGCGGCUGUGCGGUGCUGCACAGUGGUGCCGCUGACAGCACCAUCAACUGCAGCAUGGUGACUGAACGCUGUAACCUCCUGAAGGAGGUGCCCUUCACCGUCUGUCACAACCUCAUCGGCCCAGAGCCUUACAUCAUAGCCUGCGUUGAAACGUUGUGCAGAUAUCCGGCGGUGGACGCUCUCAACUGUCAGUUCCUGGAGGCGUACGCCGCAGCCUGCAGUCUGAACAGCAGCACGUACCGCACAGACGCCCUGGAGGGCUGGAGGUCGCAGGCCGGCUGCUCGCCGCCUCAGGCCUUCUGUCAGGACAGGAUCUGCGGUGGUCACGAGUUCUGUGCGGAGAAGACAGACGGUGGUGAAAUCGGCUGCUUCUGUCGCGCCAUUUUCGCCUCCCCUUAUACUUCGGCAGGCACUUUGGGUGACCCGACGGUCUGCGGGCCAAACUCUGCUUCGGUUUCUCUGCUCGGUUGUCUCCUGGAGGAAGAAGGCAUCGACUACUCGUCCUUACGCCUCAAAGACCAGACUUGCACGGGUCACAUGGACGAGCUGACCGGCAAGGUGACCUUCAGGUUCAACAGCAGCAACAGCUGCGGGACGGAGGUCACGGCCAACAACAGCCAAAUCAUCUACAAGAACACCAUCGCGACCCAGAACAGCUCCUCUGACGUCAUCAUUCACCGAGAGCAGGUUUACAUCGACUUCUCCUGCGUCUACACUCAGCCGGAGAUCAAGUCCGAGGCCUUAACGGUCCUGGACAGCUCUGUGAUCCAGCACGUCAUGUCUGGAUCUUGGAAUUACACUCUGUCCAUGAAGGCCUACACCGACGCCGGCCGCACACGAGCCGUGCAGCUCGGCACCCACGUCAAGCUGGACCAGAAGAUCUGGGUGGAGCUGAAGACCGACGGGCUGGAGGGCAGCUUGGUCGCCGUGGUGACCGACUCCUGCUGGGCGACCAGCGAGGCGUCGCCGGCGCGAAACCCGAGAUACGACCUGAUCACGAACGGCUGUGGGAACCCCAACGACAAGACGCUGAAGGUGGAGGGGAACGGGCUGGGAACGUCCAACCACUUCUCCUUCAACAUGUUCCAGUUCUCAAGGACCUCCGGUGACGUCUACCUGCACUGCAAAGUCAAGCUGUGUCCCAAACUGAACCAAGACUGCAGCCCGAGCUGUAGCGGAGGAGUUCGAGGACGCAGAUCUUCCAGGCCCAAAUAUGAAGACGAAGCCACAGCCUUCAUCACCAUGGCCUGGACUAAUUAGGUUGUUUCCAUGGCAACCUGAUUCCUUGGCUUGAGCUCGGUCGUGAUCCAGAACCUUGUCUGGGAGAGUCCUUCAGAUCUGGAUCAAGUGGUCUCACACUGCUGGCUUCUAACAUCUAUAAAACAUAUGUGGUGAAGGGAAGUUAUUGAUUCUGUUCUAUGCAAUGAGCAAUAAUAAGUGACACUUAAGUCUGUAGAGGACACCACAGUAUAACUUUAAAUGACCUCUAUAUUUGACCUUUUGGUUCUCUCUGGAUGCCUGUAACAUGACGUAUUAAUUAUGUAUUAAUCUAAACUGGAUCCUGCUCUCACUGUGUUUUCUAAUACAAGCUGCAGCUCAGAUAUCUCAUGAUGUCAUGAUAUGAGUUGAGCUGUUUCAUGUUUCUUAACAGCAAAGAGAUGAAUUAAAAUGUAUGUGAGAUAAUCAAAA